UUUUUAAAUCACAUAAGAUGAUUUAAAGUCUAGAAGAUGGUGUCACUUCUCUUCACUCUUCUCCACACAAAGAACCUUAUGAGGAUGGUGAAAAGAAAAUGACUGACAAAGUAUCUCAGCUUCCUAACUCGAUCCUGGUUUAAAGGACCCAGAUUAUUUUGUAAUACCUUCACAAUGAGUACAGCUGCAGAGCGAAAGUUCAUUAAUCUAAGGAAGCGAUUGGAUCAGCUAGGAUAUCGACAACCUCUAGGAGUAGAAAGUUUACCUUUAGUGGAAAAGCUUUUUAGUGAUCUUGUUCAUACAACAGAGAGCCUCCGGAGUACAAAGCUUUCUGCUGGGAAAAUUGAAAAAGACUUCAGCAACUUUGAUGUUGUUUUGGAACCUUACCGAGAAGAAAAUGCUAGGCUUACCCGUGAAAAUAAUGAACUACAUUUAGAAGUUUUGAAACUGAAAGAGCAAUUGGAACAACGCGUCAAAGAUCUGAAAGCUACACUGAGGAGAGUUGAACAUGAGAAUGCAGACAUGAAGUUUCUGAAUAAUCAGUAUAUACAUAAAAUGAGAUCAUUAGAGAAAGAAAACAAAGCUAAGACUGACAAGAUCCAACAACUCCAAGAGAAGAAUCUUCAGGCUGUAGUUCAGACUCCAGGUGGCAGAAAAAGAAAUAUUCCAUUCAGGCGUCAGCGUAUGCAGAUAGAUCAACCUGUCCCUCCCUCUGGGGUUGGCACUUAUCCAGUUCCACAGCCAGAUGACCCAUAUAUUGCUGAUCUUCUUCAAGUGGCUGACAAUAGAAUUCAUGAACUGCAGCUGGAAGUGUCUGACUUGCAAGAGAAGCUAGAGAUAGCUGAACGUGGAAUGAAAAAUUACAGCAAACAGGUCGAGCUCCGUGAUCAGGAGAUUGAGCGCUUAACAUUAGCACUGGAUGGUGGUCGCUCUCAUGAUGUCAUAUCUCUGGAAGCAAAAAACAGAAGUAACGAUAAAAUUAUUGCCCACUUAAAUUUACAGGUUGAGUUUUUACAGCAGACAAAGAAAGAGCUUGAAAUGCGCAUACAAGAUCUUUUGGACAGCAGGCAAAAUGUGACUAGUGAGGUGGUGCAUUUAAGUAACAAAAAUGAAGAACUCUGCCAAGAACUGAGUGAAAUAGAUAAUUUGGCCCGACAGUUGGAAAGGCAUAAAGAAAUUGUUCUUGAGACUGCUGAUAAAGAAAUUGGAGAGGCUAAGGAAGAAAUUAAAAAAAAAUACAAUGAAAUCCAGGAUCGUGAAGAAACUAUAGCAAGACUUAAGUCAGAGUUAUCUUCAUUUCGUAGAGAAAAAGAGAGGCUCACAGAAGAACUGCUUGAAAAAGUAGAUGAAAAACAAAAUAUUGAGGUCUUGUUAAACCAAGCUCAAUUAGAGAACCAAAGGCUGACCAAAAAAGUUGAAAACCUUGAAAUUAUAGAUCGAGAGCUUGUUAUAGAACUGGAAAGAAUGAGGUUAGAGGGUGGCAUAGCACUUGGAGACAAGACACCUUCUCGCCUAGAUGCAUUUGUAAAGACUAUAGAAGAAGACAGGGACUACUAUAAGAGAGAACUAGAAUGUCUCAAAAAAAUACUUCGAGGACAGUCUAGCCCAUUACACAAGUCUACACAAAAGAGUGAUAAUCUUAGGUUGGUUACCAGAGAGCGAGAUGAACUGCAGUCUAUGCUAGAUAGAUUUGAAAAACACAUGAUAGAAAUUCAGUCUAAUGUUAAACUGCUAACUGCAGAAAGGGACAAAUUAAGCAUUCUUUAUGAACAGUCUCAGGAAGAGUUAAAUCGUCUGCGGAGAGAAACAAAAAAUUGUUUUCUUACUCAAAGCCAUGCAGAAGAGGAACGAAAUAUUGCACUAGCUGAUUUCAGAAGAGUAGUAGCAGAGAAAGAAGGACUAAGAGAGAAAUUAAAGAUACAGCAGGAAGAAAAAUCAAAGCUGGAACAGGAAAUAUCAGAGUUGGAGAGCGCUGUUCAUAGACUGGAAAGAGAACGUCAUGAUCAAAUAACUACGAUUUCAUUACUGAAAGACAAAAUAGUCUCCUUAGAAGAUGAAUUAAAUGCUAAGUCUCAUCAGCUCUCCCAGUCAUCAGAAGAUACAUCACAAUUUAAGACAGAAUUAGUGUCACUUCAGCUACUAAAUGAACAGAUGCAAAAGUCUCUAGAUGAAGUACAGCAUCAGUUGUCUCUUAAAGAGGAUGAACUUCAUGCAGCUCAAGAAGAAAUUGCAGUGCUGGAAGAGAAAAUAGAUAAGUUCAAUAACAAAAGCUCUACACAAGAGGAGACCAUCCGUGUCCUGAGAAGUACUAUUAAUGUUUUGGAUAAAGAGAAAGAUACACUACAGGAAAAUAUAGAUGAAAAGACAGAAAAAACUGCAUAUCUAGAAGACAAUUUAGCAAACAAGGAAAAAACUAUCCUCAAUUUGCGACAAACACUUUCGCAAUUGGAAUCAUCAUUAGACCAAUUAAAGGAUGCCUUAAGUGGCAAAGACCGUGAACUGGCCAGUCUCCGUCGUCAGCUUGAUGCAGCCCACUCCGAACUUGGAGAAACUGGCAAGGUUAAAGAAAUGGCUGUGAAGGAAAACAGACGACUGCAGGAUGAUCUGGCCACAAUGGCAAGAGAAAACCAGGCAAUUUCCACUGAAUUGGAACUAGCCUUACGUGAAAAAGAAGAAAUGAAAAUUAGAGUUCAUAAUUAUAUAACUGAAGUCUCCAGAUUUGAAAGUUUAAUAGCCUCAAAGGAAAGAGAAAACAAGGAGUUGUUAGAGAAGUUCCAGAUGCUGCAUAGCCAAGCUGAAGACUGGGAAGUAAAGGCCCAUCAAGCUGAGGGACAAAACAGUUCUGUACGACUGGAACUACUUUCAGUUGAUACUGAGAGAAGGCACCUUAGAGAGAGAGUGGAAUUGUUGGAAAAAGAAAUUCAGGAGCAUAUCAUUGCACACCAAGCCUAUGAAUCACAGAUCUCUGCAAUGGCAAAAGAUAUGGCUAGACUGGAGGAAAAUCUCAGACGUGAGAAAGAAGAGAAAUCUUCAAUCACUGUUGAUAUAACUUCUGUUAGAGACUUGUGUGUUAAACUGGAGUCUGGCAAAGACGUUCUCCAGCGUCAGUUAAUGUCCAAAUCUCUGGAUUAUGAGAGGGUUGUGUCAGAACUAGAAGAUGCAAAAGCUGAAGCAGAACUGUUAAAAAAGCAGUUGUCAAGUGAGCGACUGACAAUUCAAAACCUGGAAACACUCUUGGCUACCAGCAGAGAUAAAGAUUUUCAGCAUCAUUUGAUAACCCAUGAAAAGGAUUCAGAAAUACAGCUACUCAAAGACAAGUUAACACUUGCAGAGAGCAAACUAACAAGUCUUAAUAGAGAAGCUUCUAUACUCCGAAAUAAAAUGGCGCAAUUGCAGGCUGAUUAUGACAUUUUAAAAAGACAGCUGACAACAGAGCGAUUCGAACGUUCAAAUGUUCUGCUUGACAGUGAACGUGCCAUUCAAGAGAUGCGUCGGCAUGGCCUCUCCACAUCGUCGCUGCGUGCCUCAUCUCCUCUUAGCUCAACACUGAGAUCUCCUUCACAUUCUCCAGAGAGAGCACUUACAGUAACAACAGAACAAACAGACAAAAAUGUGAACUUGAAGGAUUAACCAGUUACUUUAAAAACAAAACAGUAAUGGAAAUUUUAACAUGUUUGGACUUAUUGUCGGCACUGACAUUAAUUCUACCUCUAAAAUGCUGUUAAAUCAUUAGCACCAUAUGAAACUGGAACAACUCAAAAUCCUAUAAGAGAAUUUAAUGUGCCAUCAACCUUUGAUGCAUUCUGCUGUCAGACUUAGGCUGAGCUGUUUCUACUUACCUCUACUUCAUGAGGAUGGGCUCUCUACUUAGUCUGAGACCAAGAAUUGAACUGGAGUAAACUUUGCAGAUUGUAAUAUAUUUAUCUAAAUCAAAUCUAAAUGUGGCACAUUUCAAAGUGUACUGGAAAGCAAGCAAAAGUGGGGGGGAAUAGAGAGUAUUUUAAGAUACCAUUUUAGUUGAUUUUCUGGUUGUUUUAUGGUCUUUAAUUCUGUAUAACGCAUAUUUAAUUAUGUUUAACUCAGUGUGGUCUAAUAUUAACAAAAUUGUGAAAUCACUUUUCAAAGUACUUCUCCAUUUUACCUCUAAAGUGAAGACACGUUUUGGUGUUAAGAGGCAACUCCAUAUCUUACAAAUCUUUUACAUUUUUUUUUCUCUUAAUAAAAUUAAAAUCAGAUCAGCAUACUUUAAAUUGGCAAGUUAUUUUAAAAUAAGACAUGUUUCUUAGAGAAAUCUGGCAAUGUUAUUCAAAUUUUUUUCAAGUUCGGAGAUAAAGUUCGAGGAGAUGACACAGAUGAGUUCCAGCUUUUAAUGGCAUAAGAUGAGGCUUGUUAGGCUGAAAGACCUAUUAGGUAAGUGAAGUAAGGAUAAUUCAAAGAAUACUGAUAACCUUUUAAGUUGUUGUCAUAAUAUAAUAGUAGAUUCUGGAAUAUGUUCCUCAAUAGAUUCAACUAUAUUUAAGCCAUCAUGAUUGUAUCUUCUCCUGCCAACAUUUUCUAGGUAUAGAAGUGUAAUUCUAGUACAGAAUUGAUUCAGCCCACAGAUUGUCCUUUUUCUUUCUUUUCUUUUUUGUGUCUCUUUUGAAAGGAGGAAAAU